CUCCAAGCCACGGAGCUGACAAGUGUCCAGCUCCAAGCCCUGCCACAGCCCUUGGAUGUCACCAACAUCCAGCUCCAAGCUGCUGAGGUGGCAAAUGUCCAGCUGCAAGCCCUGCCACAACCCUCCAAGGUGACCAACAUCCAGCUCCAGGCCAGCGAGGUGACCAACGUCCAGCUCCAAGCCCUGCCGCAGUCCUUGGACGUCACCAACAUCCAGCUCCAAGCUGCCGAGGUGACAAAUGUCCAGCUCCAAGCCCUGCCGCAGCCCUUGGAUGUCACCAACAUCCAGCUCCAAGCCAGUGAGGUGACAAAUGUCCAGCUGCAAGCCCUGCCACAACCCUCCAAGGUGGCCAACAUCCAGCUCCAUGCUCUGCCGCAACCCUCAGACGUCACCAACAUCCAGCUCCAAGCUCUGCCGCAACCCUCAGAUGUGACCAACAUCCAGCUCCAAGCCCUACCACAACCCUUGGAUGUCAGCAACAUCCAGCUGCAGGCCACUGAGGUGACAAAUGUUCAGCUCCAAGCCCUGCCACAACCCUCAGAUGUCACCAACAUCCAGCUGCAGGCCACCGAGGUGGCAAAUGUCCAGCUGCAACCCUCAGAGGCGCCCAGCGUCCAUCUCCAGGCCACAGAAGUACCCAAUGUCCAGCUGCAGACCACAGAGGUGACAAAUGUCCAUCUCCAAACCACCAAGGUACCUGACAUCCAUCUCCAAGCCACAGAGGUGUCCAACGUCCAUCUCCAAACCACUGAGGUCCCCAGUGUCCAUCUUGAGCCCACAGAGGUGCCCGACAUCCAUCUCCAGGCCACAGAGGUGCCCAGCAUCCAGCUGCAGGCCACAGAUGUGCCUGAGGUCCAGCUCCAGGCCACAGAGGUGCCCAGCAUCCAGCUGCAGACCACAGAGGUGCCUGACGUCCAGCUCCAGGCCAUGGAGGUGCCCAACAUCCAGCUGCAGACCACAGAGGUGCCCGAUGUCCAUCUCGAAACCACUGAGGUGCCCAACAUCCAUCUCCAAGCCACAGAGGUGCCCAGCAUCCAUCUCCAGACCACAAAGGUGACCGAUGUCCACCUGCAGGCCACUGAGGUGAGCAACAUCCAUCACCAAACCAUGGAGGUUCCCAGUGUCCAUCUCCAGGAUGCAGAGGUGCCCAACAUCCAACUCAAGGCCAUGGAGGUGCCCAACGUGCAACUCGAGCCCACGGAGGUGACAAACGUCCAUCUCCAGGCCGCAGAGGUGCCCAACGUCCAGCCGCAGCCCCCCGAG